GGGCAUGGUCUAGCAGCCCAGCCAAGCCUGUGCAUCAGCCCUCCCAGCAGUUCUGACCCUUGCUCUGCCUUGGCCUCUGCUUGGCCUUAGGGUUAGUCUCCACUGCCAGAUACCAUGGGCAAGCAGAACAGCAAGCUGCGGCCUGAGGUGCUACAGGACCUGCGGGAACACACGGAGUUCACCGACCACGAGCUGCAGGAGUGGUACAAGGGCUUCCUCAAGGACUGUCCCACCGGCCACCUGACAGUGGAUGAAUUCAAGAAGAUCUACGCCAACUUCUUCCCCUACGGUGAUGCCUCCAAGUUCGCCGAGCACGUCUUCCGCACCUUUGACACCAACAGCGAUGGCACCAUCGACUUCCGGGAGUUCAUCAUCGCACUGAGCGUGACCUCUCGGGGCAAGCUGGAACAGAAGCUCAAGUGGGCCUUCAGCAUGUAUGACCUGGACGGCAACGGCUACAUCAGCCGCAGCGAGAUGCUAGAGAUAGUGCAGGCCAUCUACAAGAUGGUGUCCUCUGUGAUGAAAAUGCCUGAAGAUGAGUCCACACCGGAGAAACGAACGGACAAGAUCUUCAGGCAGAUGGACACAAACAAUGAUGGCAAGCUGUCCCUGGAAGAAUUCAUCAAAGGUGCCAAGAGUGACCCGUCCAUUGUCCGGUUGCUGCAGUGCGACCCCAGCAGCGCUAGCCAGUUCUAAGGGGGAAUGGGCUUUGGGACAGUUGCAAAGAAACACAGGCUUGUCCUGCCAUCUUCAGCUUUGCUUGCAAAAGUGGAUUCCUCCGUGAUCUCUGGUCUCUCCUGCUCUCCUGGGAUCUAGUCCAGGCAGCACACCACACCCGCCUGGCCUAGCUGACGCGGCUCUCCCCUCUACCUGAUCAGUUCGAUGUCCUUCCCCUUCAAUUCAGGCCGGUUUCUUCCAAGGGUUCAAGUGGGGUUCCUCCCUGCCCACAGAGGAACCAUCAAGGCUACCAGGCAGGACAUUUCAGCAUCUAUGAUCCCAGGUGACUUUGUGGACUGGGUGGGGAAUGAAGAAGAUGGAGAGUAGACAGGCAAGCCUUUCCAGUGCAUGGCUCCACCCCCUUGUUCAUUUUCUCUGACCAAAGCCGCUUGCACGUAUAUUCCGUGGUCUCCUUUUACUCUAUGAGUUAUGUGUACGGUGAAGUGGACUGUAACGUUUAAGCCCUCUAUUUAAUGCCACUGCCUUUGAAGCAUGGUCCCCUGUGGCCUGUGAUUCUCCCCCUGCCGCCCCAAGUCUGGCUGUGCUGUGGUAUUUAUGCAUUCUUGAUUUGCCUGAUUCCACAGGAGAUACAUGCAUGCCCAGGACUAUGGACAUCUGCCCUCCGUGCUGCGAAUACAGAUGUUUGUGUGUGCUCCAUCCUCCCUCUUGAUUGGUCUGGCAUAUUAAAGUGAUCAAAUAAACAAACCAAGGCCUGUGAGUUUCCUA